GUUCGGUUAACUCCACAAACACAGCAUGCAGAGAGUUCCAGAAUGACAUUCGUUACACAAUAAACAAUAACAAAAAAUGUCAAACUUACCAUAUCCGGUGCUUAGUCCGGAGGAGAAAGAUACUGUACUGCAGUGGGUUCGCAAAUUCAAACUGUCCAGCCCGAUAAAGAAGCUCAGUCGGGACUUGUCCGAUGGAGUCCUGGUCGCCGAAAUUGUCCACCAGCUGUUUCCACGUCUGGUUGAUCUACACAACUACACGCGCGGAUUCUCGAUCGCCCGUAAGCUGGACAACUGGGAAACGCUCAACAGGAAGGUCUUCAAGAAGCUGGAACUGGGAUUAACGACAGAGGUCAUUCAUGCUAUCGCAAGUGGACAACCGGGGGCAGUUGAUGUGGUUCUUUUGGAGAUCCUGAUGCGAGUUGAUACGGCCGCAGAAGUAAGGGAGUUGGAUAUGGCGUCUUGAGUGAUGAGAUUUGUUUUAGUUUGAAUAAUAGUUGUUUUUAUAUUUUAA